CGCAUGCUCGAGCUCGGUGGGCGCAGCUAGUCCUGGGACUCGGCGCAGAUUGACCCUUUCCCCGACCCGUCGCGGCUGGCGGUGACAUUGCCCCGGCUCCGCUCGAGACUCGGCCCCGCAGGGAGGCUGCUUGGACAUGUGGGCCGCCGCCGGCAGAGCUAUUGGGAUAUUGGAAAGAAAUGUCCCCUCAUUUCUGAGGCCAACUAAACAAAUAAAUCUGAAGGCCCAGAGAAGUUUUUGCAGUAAAUCACAGGAGGGGAGCAAACAUAAACAUGAAGGUGGAGGGCAAUCCAUCUUCAGAGUGCCAGGACACAAGCCCACAGACUGGGAAAAGAAGGUUCUGAUGUGGUCAGGCCGUUUCAAAAAAGUAGAUGAUAUACCAGAGACGGUCUCGUUUGAGAUGAUCGAUGCUGCACGAAAUAAAUUGCGUGUGAAGAUCAGCUAUCUGAUGAUUGCCCUGACCAUACUGGGCUGCAUUGUGAUGGUCAUUGAAGGAAAGCGGGUGCAUACAGACAUAAAACAGACCAGCGUACAAGCUUCUUAAACUGCACUAAAUCUAUACAGUCUUCACAAAUUUAGUGUGUUAUGUAUUUAGGAGUGUUAGUCAGAUCCUGGGACUAAUCACUGGUAAGUAGGCUAAAAGGGCUGGCUACCAAUAGAUCUAUUGGGAAGGAGACCUUGGAGAAUUGGCAUGGAAGUAAAUAACCAAAUUACCUUUCCCUUUAGCUUUAGAUUGUAUUUUCUCCAUCCCCCCACCAUGUUUGCAACAGUGGAGUUGACAACCUUUUGGCAUAUGUGAGGCCCUAUUCUGAGGGGUUCUUUUUCAAAAAUCUAACCAAAGUCACCUUCCCAUGAGAGAACAUAACACGUACACUCACUAUUGUGGUUGUGUGAUUUUAAUUUUGGAAUCCUAAAUGGUUAUUUUCACCAGUUUUCUAGCUUUAUUAGCUAAUUCAUAGUUCAAUAUUUUUAUCUCUUAUUCUAUCCUAUUGGUUGCUUUUGUUAACAAUACUCAAGUAAAAUUCUCAAAUUAAAAUUCAGCUCAAGCCAGCUUCUUCAGUUAAGUAACUGAAAUUGAAGGACCCUUUAGAUGGGUGGCACACAUCUGCUUAUGCCAACCAAAUGGAGAUUUAACCUUAAAGGCCAACGUUUUGUAGAGUUCUGAGUGGGUGGGGAUGGGGAUUAGAAUGGAAGCAGUUCUUAAUUAUAGCAGCAUUGGCUACUGGAGUAUGGUACAUCUGCCUACACUUUUCAAAUUCUCCUGGUUUUUGAGGAAGAGAAAAAUAUUAUCACUGACUAGAAGGUGGGAGAGCAUCUGUAGAAGCCGCCAGUAUAUUGGCUUAAUUCAGCCCUAAGCAAAGAAUGACCUGAAAGCAUUCCAGGAUUUUGUGCCUCUGGAAUGUAUUUUAACCUCUAUGUCUUCCUAGCAUUAAAGCAGGCAUGUUACAAAAGUGCAACUAAGCAUGGGAGCGGUUUCUCAGUAAGGGAACAUUCUUGAGAUGUAUAGGUCAGACCCCCUGAUGGUUUGUUCACUGCUACUUCAAACUUCAUUUCUACAGUAUGGUAAGGAACAUGUUGGCUCUCUUAUCAUAUAA